UUCAAAAUUUAUCAUUCCUUCUUUGGUAACUGCAGUAUUUCGAUAAUGCCUGUAUUGCCCGUUGGCGAAGCUCCCGCUCUAGUUUUGUUAUACAAGAUCCGCACCGAGGAGUUUGUCCUCUGCCCGCCGCAGCCUUACGGCGGCGGAGAAGACACCUGCCGAUAUGUCAUCGACAUAGCUGUUAAGGAACAGCCGAAAUACCCUGACAUUCUUCCAUCGGUGUGGACUGUGCAACUGCUAAUCUGGGAGAAGGAUGGAAAAGCUACAGCAACUGCAACAGUUAGCUCUAAAGAUGCCAAGAGUAGCAGCACAAUGAUGGUAGAGUACGCUGUCCGAACUCGCGCACCGUGCGAUUUUGAAAUCGAAUUAGAGCAACGCGCUCAGGUGGGUUACAGCAGCCUGCUUACCGAAGAUCUGACCGUCGCUGUACGUGGCUCUUGCGGAAAAACCCAUUACCGACUGAAAGCAAACGGCCUUGUAUUUGUCAACUUAAUUUUUCACGCAGCACCGUCAGCCAUGCAAAGCAGCAAAGACCGACUGGAUUUGCAGCAGUUGCGGGAAUCGCAGACGCUGUCCGACUGCAAACUGGUCUGUGCCGGUCAAGAGGUCCCUGUGCAUCGUGCCAUCUUGGCUGCCCAGUCGCCGGUUUUCGCCGCAAUGUUCCAGAACGACAUGUUGGAGAAAUCGUCAGGAGUGUGCAAAAUUGACGACAUCGGUGUGGAUGUUCUGGAGAUGAUGAUUAAUUUCGCCUACACGCGAGCGCCUUUUGAAGCGAACAAUCUGAUGGAGUUGUGGCACGCAGCGGACAAGUACGAUAUGGAAGAUCUGCGUGCGGAAUGCGUUCGUCGGAUGACGAACUCAAUCACGACUGAUAACGCUCUGCAGUAUUUCAGCUUUGCUUGUGAGCGGGGUUUGAUCCAACUGAAAAUUGCUGCUGGAACGUUUAUUGGUCAAGAUCCCCGUAACAUCGCUUGA